GCUAAAGGGACGCUUAACUUAUCCGGAGGUUCAGGACGCGUUGUCUGCUGAAGCAUUGAGAUCAUUAUUAAUACGGCCCGCCCUGCUUUCGGCCUGUAGCUCUUCUUCUCUGCCCGCGGCGUUGCACAGGCUGCGAGCCGCCACCGGCCGCGCCUGCGCCGCGUCUCCUCUCACCUCAUCUGCGCAGUGACAGGACACUGAUAUCAACGCGGCGUGGGAGCGCGGCGGCCCCGCGUCGCACGGAGGCCGCGCAGCUGCCGGAGAGAGAGAGAGGGGGGAGAGAGAGAGAGAGAGAGAGAGAGCGCUUCACCAGGCUUAACGUAAACACAUUCACCCACGCGUCACACGCGCUGCGGCUCAUUCGCCCGUUGUUCCCGCUUUCCCGUAUCUCUUUCAUUGUGCAUCACCUGUGGAGGCGGGAGGCAAUUAAAGGCCAGGGGAUGUUUUAAUGCAGACGAGCGACACCUGUGCUGAGCAAACAGGGAACACCUGGCUGGCAACAGCCGUCGUCGUCACCACAGAUGCACUUUACCUAUGACAACGGCCGUGGAAGGCAAAUACGCCGGCACACGCCAUGGAUUCGCUUCCCAUAAAUCGCCAUCGCCCCGGGAGGAGGCAGAAAGACGGUAGAGAGAAGAAGAGCCCUGCCAUGCCCGGUUCUCCUGUGGAUGCUAAGACUCAUUCCAGAUCAGCCCCCAGCAGCAGCGCCAGCUCCACUAUGCCUCCCCUGCCCUCCGUCAACCCCAGCGGCCCCCGUCCGGCCUCUUUCUCCACCACAGCAUUGACCAAUGGGAAUCACCAUUCCCCGCCGACCCUGAACGCAGUGCCGUCUCCGCCGCAGAGGUACAGCAACGGCCCUUCAUCGUCCUCCUCCUCGUCGCUGGCCAACCAGCAGCUGCCGGCCACCUGCGGGGCCCGACAGCUGAGCAAGCUCAAGCGCUUCCUGACCACGCUGCAGCAGUUUGGCAACGACAUCUCCCCCGAGAUCGGGGACAGCGUCCGCAGCCUCGUCCUGGCCCUCGUGAACUCCACCGUCACCAUAGAGGAGUUCCACUCGCGGCUUCAGGAGGCCACCAACUUCCCACUGCGGCCCUUUGUGAUUCCUUUCCUCAAGGCGAACCUUCCGCUGCUGCAGAGGGAGCUGCUCCACUGCGCGAGGGCGGCCAAGCAGACCCCGGCCCAGUACCUGUCGCAGCACGAGCACCUCCUGCUCAGCACCACCCUGGCCUCGUCCCCGGACUCCUCUGAGCUGCUGAUGGAGCCUCCGGAGGCCGGGACCAAGAGGCACAGCCCGAGCAGGGCCAAGGAGAACGGGUUCCACGAGCGCCCGCCCGCGGCCAUGGAGCCCGCUGCCAAGCGGAUCUGCACCAUCAGCCCGGCUCCCAGGCACAGCCCGGCCCACCCGCUGCCCCUCAGCGCCCAGCUCCACCCGACGCCUCCGCCCCUGCAGCACUACGCCCUGGACGACAUCGCAGCGCCGCACAUCCUGCACCGCGAGCACAGCCAGCGCAUGCUGGAGAUCCGCGAGCUCAAGGACCGGCCCAGAGUCCCCGGCACUAACGGGGGCUACCGCGAGGAGCCAGUGGACCACAGACUGACAGACAGAGAGUGGGCUGAUGAAUGGAGGCAUCUGGACCAUGUGCUGAACUGCAUUGUGGACAUGGUGGAAAAGACGCGGCGGUCGGUGAGCGUGCUGAGGCGCUGCCAGGAGUCGGAUCGCGAGGAGCUCAACUACUGGAGACGGCGUUCGAGCGAGCAGGAGGACCCGCGCAAAGGCGGCUCGGCCGUCACCCCCUUCUCCAAGACCCACAGCCCCCACUCUGAGUCAGACUCCCAGCGAGACUUCGCUCCACGGCCAGGCUCAGCAUACGUUACAGAUGAGAUCUGGAGGAAAGCUGAAGAAGCUGUGAACGAGGUGAAGCGCCAGGCCAUGGACGAGGUCCAGAAGGCCGUGGCGGAGGCCGAGCAGAAGGCCUUCGAGAUGAUCGCCGCCGAGAGGGCCAAGAUGGAGAAGACGCUGGCGGAGGCGAAGAGGAAGGCGCAGGAGGACGCGAUCAUGGUGAUCAACGAGCAGGAGGACUCCAGCGAGUGCUGCUGGAACUGCGGCCGCAAGGCCAGCGAGACGUGCAGCGGCUGCAACGCCGCCCGCUACUGCGGCUCCUUCUGCCAGCACAAAGACUGGGAGAGGCAUCACCUCAUCUGCAGCCCGGGACUUCAGGCUCAGCCCAAGUCGGGCAACAGGGCGGCCGCCAUGGCGACGGCGGCGGCCGGCGUGGCCCCCGCGGGCCUGGCGGGCGUCAAGGCCCCCGACGGCGUGCCGUCGGCCUCCAGUCCCGGCGGGGAGAAGGCUCCGGCCGCGUCCCGCUCCUCCACGCCCUCCACGCCCGCCUCGGCCUCAGAGACCAACGGACACUAGGACGCUGGGACGCCGCCGUGUCACCCACACUUCCUUUAUCGGGGAGGAAUCCAAGGGAACUAUUUGUGGGUUAAGUUGGGAUAACAGACUUUCCAUUGCAAUACUUGGCAGAUACAAAGGGACAGAUUAUGGAUGACUGUUUGAGUGAUAUGGCAACUGGGACUUUGGCUUUGGCAGAGAACAGAAGGACUCGUCUCGAACGCGUUCAUUGGAUGAACAGAUCUCCCCAACAGAUGGAAACGCGUUUGUCUUCAUCCAAACUCCCCGAUUCUUGGAUCUGAGAGAGAUUUGGGGGGAGAAAAGAACUACAGACUGAUCUCGGCUCAUCUCGGGUGGACGCAAUGAAAGGCCGAGGAGGCGCCUCCCCCUCACUCUGGUGUGUAGGCUGGUCCCAGAUCUGUACAGCGCUCCUGUAUACAUGAAUAUUCCCCUCUUGUGCGAGUGCGUGUGUCAAGCGGUCGUGCCAGUCGUGUCGGUGGAUAACGUAUCGUUUCCCCUUUUUGUCAGAGCAAUAUUAAAGAGACAUUCAGUGUUCAGCUGUUUGUAGCUGUGUCUGCAUCACCAAAGUUCUCCGUCACUAAAGAGAGAGACGUCGUCGAAGCCUGUAAAUGUCCUUGUGAACAUAUGAAUAUACACUAACCCCUCACAUGACAUAUGUACUUUUAUACUGAGUUUAACUAAGACUGAGCGUCCGGCAGAGAAGAGUGGUGCUGGUUGGAUCCAUCGAUCGGACCCAGGAAGGCUCAGUUUGGGCCUCUUCCAAACCCAGAGGCUCCAGGUUUUCCAACACUGCGUUGAGUUCAGUGAAAAAAAGGAAUAACUUGUAUUACAGCAGUUCAACGAGCAGGCGUGAAAAGCGCCUUGUUGCCGUGGAGCAGGUUUGGAGCCGCGGAGAAUCUCAGGAGCUAAACUCUGUCCGUAUGUACAAAUCACCCUGGUCUGUGCUUCUCACGUCACCGUUAGAAUGAAAUCAGAUGUCGAGCGUGGAUUUGUUCCGCUGUCGCAGCCGCUCCCGGUUCGUUCGACAAUGUUCUUGUUUUUGUUCAAUGUAAGAUGACUAAAAUGAGAGAAUGCCUUUAUUCUGUGAGCCACGAGUUUCCCUUUGUUUCUUUAAAUACAUUCUUUUGUUAUAAGGGGUUAGGAAGUCAUGACAUAAGGUAUGAAAUAAAGAAAUGGAAUUACA